CACAGAUCUGUGAAGUCAGACAGACAACGAACGGCUGUACUGGGAGUGUUUUAUGGCUGCCUGCUCAACACGACGUCCAGCAAUUUCUUGUAUUUAAGAAUACUCGAUGUUUUUGGAAGCCGUGAAAACGAAACUGUCGAUCUGUAUCAAACGAAGAAUGUAGUCAAGACCAAAUCGACUGAAUGUGAACACGGCUAACUUUUAAGUGCUAACGUUAAAUGACUCAGUCGUCGAGCGAAAUUCAACUUCAUCGAUCGCAGAUAGUUCUUCUGAAAAUAAACUCAGCGGAAAUCUCACUAGGAUUAAAAGCAGUGCUUGAAGACUUGGACUUGGUGUUUCACGAAGAACUACAUGAAUUUAACGGGUCAACUAUCUUUUUUUGUAACUUUUGUUCCUCAACAGCGGUGCAAACUGUUGUCGUAGUGGCGUACAUUAACGUCGGCUAAUUUUAGCAAGCUAGCGUUAGCUAACGUUAGGUAGCCAGCAGCCUAUCGGUACAGUAGUUUGCUACUGUCAAGACUACGAUUAAUUCAGGCAACUUUUUACCACAAUGUCUUUCAUACGUUUUGCAACAGGUAGACCUUUAGCAAACACGACGAAGCAGUAAAAAAAACAACAUCAGACAUUUUCAAACUUAUGUGAUAAUUGUCCUAUGUUUGCUACUUCAGGUUAUACUGUGGCCAUUAUCAUGAGUUGUAGUUUAGCUUUUUGCUUCGUGUUUUGAAAUUGUUCCAGAAAACAAGUUAACGUUACCCAAAGGAUGCAGUCUUUGAGCACAGUCUAACCCAAAUACCGAGCGACCAUGUUGGAUCAUACAGACUAACAUCAGACUUGGAAAGGAGACGAGCUUCAAGUCGUGCAUUUGGCUUCAUAUUUUUGUGCUAAUGCGAGCAGAAGAGGACACAUUUGAAUUGGCCUAGGGAUACAAUAGCUUAUCUGAAGUCUUCGUCAGUUUAUGCAUCAAAAUGUCGGCCAUCUCCGCAUCCGAGAAAGUGGACGGGUUUACGAGAAAGUCCAUGAGGAAGGCCCAGAAACAGAGAAAAUCCCAAGGCUCUUCUCAGUACCGCACACAGAGCGCUCCGGUGGAGCUUUCACCCCUGCCGCAGCUCAAAGAUGCCCCCUCCACAGAGCAGCAGGAGCUGUUCACCAAGAAACUCCAGCAGUGCUGCAUGCUCUUCGACUUCCUGGACUCUGUGAUGGACCUGAAGAGCAAGGAGAUCAAGAGGGCGACACUUAACGAGCUCGUGGACUACGUUUCCACCAACCGAGGAGUGCUGGUGGAAUCUACGUACCCAGAGAUCACUAAUAUGAUUUGCACCAAUAUAUUCCGGACUCUUCCACCAAGCGACAACCCUGAUUUUGACCCAGAGGAGGAUGAACCCACUCUAGAGGCUUCCUGGCCUCACGUUCAAUUGGUCUAUGAGUUCCUCCUACGCUUUCUAGAGAAUCCAGACUUCCAGCCCAGCAUUGCUAAGCGCCACAUUGAUCAGAAAUUUGUUCUGCAGCUUCUGGAGUUGUUUGACAGCGAGGACCCAAGGGAGAGGGACUUCCUGAAGACCAUCCUGCAUCGGAUUUAUGGAAAGUUCCUGGGGUUGCGUGCCUUCAUCCGGAAGCAGAUCAACAACAUUUUCUUGCGGUUCAUCUAUGAAACUGAGCACUUCAAUGGUGUUGCUGAGCUGCUAGAAAUUCUGGGAAGUAUCAUCAAUGGGUUCGCGUUGCCUCUGAAGGCAGAGCACAAGCAGUUCCUUAUGAAGGUGCUCAUCCCGUUACAUACAGCUAAAGGACUGGCCCUUUUCCAUGCACAGCUGGCCUACUGUGUGGUCCAGUUCCUGGAGAAAGAUCCUACACUCACUGAACCGGUGAUCCGCGGGCUGCUGAAGUUUUGGCCUAAAACCUGCAGCCAAAAAGAGGUGAUGUUCCUGGGUGAAAUUGAGGAGAUUCUGGAUGUUAUUGAGCCAACACAAUUCAAGAAAAUCCAGGAGCCGUUGUUCAAGCAGAUCUCUAAAUGUGUUGCCAAUCCACAUUUUCAGGUAGCCGAGCGAGCAUUGUACUUCUGGAAUAACGAGUACAUUCUCAGCCUCAUCGAGGAGAACAUUGACAAAGUCCUUCCCAUCAUGUUUGGUAGCCUGUACAGAAUCUCCAAAGAGCACUGGAAUCCGACAAUCGUAGCUCUGGUCUACAAUGUGCUGAAGACACUGAUGGAGAUGAACUGCACGCUGUUUGAUGAGUUGACCUCCUCCUAUAAAGCAGACAGGCAACAGGAGAAGAAGAAGGAGCAGGAGAGGGACGAGCUGUGGAAGAAGCUGGACGAGUUGAGGCUCAGCAACACCAAUCUUUUCCAGAACAACAGCCGCGGGCUCCCUUGUGUCCAGAACAACAACAACAACAACAACAACAAUAGUAAUAAUGACAACCAAGACAAGAGCGCUGAGGCUGCAGCUGUCGCCACAGACAACAAGGGUCCUGAGGUCAAAGAUCCUGACGUCAGCGUGGCAGCCAGUGAGAGCACCCCAUGUGCCAAAUGACACCGGAUGUCCGUUUUUUAUUCCGUAACGGUUUGACAUUGUGUUCAGGACUGUCAGGAGAGGAUUAACGGAGACAGAAAAACACAAAUUACACCUCAACAGUAUAUUAAAUCUACUUAGAGUUACUUAGAAUUUCUUUGGCAAAAAAAUAUAUAUAUUUCAACUUAAGACUAUUUUUGGAUGUUACAGUGUGGCUGCAGUAUAUUGUUUGUCUGAUCAAAGAUUUAUCCUUUCACAUUUAGUUUCUUAACUGAAAAUGAUUUUUUUUUUUGUUAUAUUCGUUGUAUUUGGGAGGGGAGAAAAUAAUGACUUGAAUUCAAUGUUUCCAAUUGUGCUGCACUUAGACUUAGAAGCUGAAUAGCUAUUUAAAAUGUCUAUUUUAUAAUGUGCUUUUCCCUGUUGCUGCCAACACUUGGGUGCAAACCUUAAGGAAGAAGGGAACUGCAGACUUUGGGAGUAUUUGGGGGCAGAUGGGACCAGAUCCAUAAUUAGAUAUUUAGUGUCCAUUGAUGUGUUAUCAGGAGCAGAAGCAACAGGACAGCUAGAGAAUGGAAGGUGCAUGGCCAAAAAAAAAGAUAAAUCCUAAAGAAGAAUAAUCCCAGAUUGAUAUCUCUGUGUCUCUAGUUGGGACUAUGAAGUUAAAACUUGUUCACAAUUAGGGUCAAUGUCAUAUUUGUGAGAUUAUUUGUUGUUUUUGUUUCGGGUGUUGAUAAAUAUUUUUUUUUAAAUCUGGGUCAAAACGUGAAGCUAAUAGGUGUAACGCAACACCUGCAUUUAUAAGAUUACACUAAGGUAUUGAGACAGGACUUUCAAAGAUUUUCAAAGUUUUUUCAGCCUGACUGGAAAUAAAUGUGUUUCAACACUUUGGGAAAUAGACUAAUCGGCUUUCUUGCUGAAAAUUAGACUAGAAGAUUGAUAUGUUUUGUACUGCAAAUAUGAAGCUACAGUCUGCAGCUGGUUAGCUUAGCAUAGCAUAACGGCCGGAAUCAGAAGGAAUCCGCUAGCCUGGCUCUUUCUAAAGCUGUGUUCAGACCAACUUGAAGUCUAAAAUAAAAUAAAAAGAGUCAUCCAGCAAUGCGCUGUGUUGGCCAAUCACAUGCAGGCACACAUUCCUGGUAGAUUACCUCGCAAUUGUUAUGACCAAAGAUAAAAUAGUUAUUUUACAAAAAUAGUACUUAUUUUACUUUCCAGAGGUGUAAAAUCCUGUUUGUGGGUAUUACAAACCUUUUAAACACAUUAUUCUGUUGCUCCACCUGGAUUUGCUGGAGCAUAUUUCAUUGUCUCACCGGGACUUUAAACACGCACUGGACUAUACCUGAAUUGUUGUUUUUACACUUGGUUGUUCAUAUUCAUUAAACAAACAUGCUCAUUAGUGAGCUUUAGAGGAGAUGGUAGGCAGACUUUUAUACUUUUCCAGUCUUUAUGCUAAGCUAAGCUAACCGGCUGCUGGCUGUAGCUUCAUAUUUACUGCCCAGACAUGAGAAGUGUCGAUCUUCUCGUCUAACUCUCGGCAAGAAAUUAAAUUAAAGAAUUUCUCCAAAUGUCGAACUAUUCCUUUUUAAAAGUGAUAGGUUAAGAAAUAAAACAUAAGACCUACAGUACAAUAUUUUUGACAAGGCAAAUAUUUUUGAAUGUUUCAUUUUGAAGAUGGAUUAUGAUGGGAUGCGCUUGAGUGUAUAUUUGUUGAGUGUGUAUAUGUUAGAAGGAGGCUACUUAAAGGGAUAUGCCACUCAAUUUAAGAUUUCCUGUACAGUAUGUUGUUUCCGUGGUCUAGGAAGAGUGCAGUCAGUGCUUAGGAACAUAAAUGGUUCUCUGUUAAAGCUGAAAAGCAAAGGCGUACACUUGUUUUACCACUUAUCUGGUAUUCUGCAAUGCACAUGAGGCUGAUGUUGUAUAUUGUGCGUUUUUAUAUCCAAACACGAUUCAACAUAAAGUAGUUAUAUCAAAAACAAAUGAACGCUUAAACACCAGAAAAUCCAAGUAAUCUUUACCAUCAAUGCCUGUUCACUCCCUGCAUCUCCAGACUUUAUAACCUCACAUUUGCUUUUAGAUUCUGAUGUUGAUGCUGAGUUGAUAAAAGUAUUCAUAAACUUAAUCUGACUGCCGUAGAUCAUAGGAACGACUUUUUUUUUUUUUUUUUUAUUAAAUUGAAUGGUGUUCCCUCUGAACCUUGAGUGUCUGCUAGCUACUGAGUGUCUGCUAGCUAACUUCUUCAAAGUUCAUAUUUUUAGGUCUAGUCUUUUCUGAUGCCUUUCUGUCAGUACAGCAUUCCAACCUCUGUGACGUUAUAAAACUGUUAGGGGAACCUGUUUUGUAAUCGCAGAUCUUAUUUAGGUUUCACCAUCAAUUAAAGUCUACUUUAUCUUUCUACUCAAAGCAUA